AUGACUUACUCUACGACAGCAGUCCGUCACUUCACUGCACCUAAGCCACUGGGAAUGGCAAUGGAGUCCCCCCGCUCACACCCGGCUCCUGAGCCUAAGAUCAAACCUACAUCUGUGGAUGGAGGAUUGACGGACCAGGUUACCAACAAGAAGGGUGGAAUCACAUUUUCGCAACAAGACUCUCUGCCAAGGUUACCAAUUCCAGAUCUUGAGAGUACAUGCAAGAAGUACAUCGACGCUCUCGCACCACUACAAACACAAAAGGAGCAAGAAGAAACAAGGGCUGCUGUACGGGAUUUCCUCAAGGGAGAGGGGCCCGGUCUUCAAGAGAAGUUGCAGAAGUACGCCUCGUCGCAAACUAGUUACAUUGAGCAAUUCUGGUACGACUCUUAUCUUAACUACGACAGUCCUGUUGUUCUCAACCUCAACCCAUUUUUCUUGCUGGAAGACGAUCCAACUCCCGCGAGAAACAACCAGCUCACCCGAGCGGCAUCCCUGGUCGUUUCAGCCCUCUCGUUCGUGCGCGCGGUCAGACGUGAGGAGUUGCCCCCAGAUACCGUCCGAGGAACCCCGCUGUGCAUGUAUCAAUACUCUCGACUGUUUGGUACUGCGCGUGUUCCCACAGACAAUGGAUGCGUUAUCAGCCAGGAGCCCAACGCGAAGCAUAUUGUCGUUAUGUGCCGCGGCCAGUUCUACUGGUUCGAUGUGCUUGAUGCGAACCAUGAUCAGAUUAUGACCGAACGGGAUAUCGCAAUGAAUCUCGAGGUAAUUCUCGCCGAUGCGGAACAGACCCCGAUCCAGGAGGCAGCAAAGGGAGCCCUCGGAGUUCUCAGCACAGAAAACCGCAAGGUGUGGUCGGGACUUAGGGAUAUCCUCACCAAGGAUGAGCAUUCAAUCAAUGCCGAGGGGCUGAACAUCGUCGACACUGCACUGUUUGUUCUAUGCCUGGACGAUACCGAGCCUCAUAGCACGUCCGAGCUCUGCGCCAAUAUGCUCUGUGGUACAAAUGUGGUGGAAAAGGGCGUGCAAGUGGGUACCUGCACGAACCGGUGGUACGAUAAGCUUCAGAUCAUCGUCUGUAAGAACGGUAGUGCUGGUAUCAACUUUGAGCACACUGGUGUGGAUGGACAUACGGUUCUUCGAUUCGCCAGUGACGUCUACACGGACACGAUUCUUCGGUUUGCGCGAACCAUCAACGGUCAGGCCCCCAGCUUGUGGACAACCACCAGCCCUGACCCUUCCAAGCGUCACCCUCGAAGCUUCGGCGACGUCAGCCCAACGCCUCGGAAGUUAGAAUGGGAUAUGCUUCCUGAGCUCAGCAUCGCUAUCCGGUUUGCCGAGUCGCACCUGGCAGAUCUCCUUCAGCAGCAUGAAUUCCAGGUUCUAGACUUUAACGGAUUCGGAAAGAACUUUAUCACAUCAAUGGGAUUUUCACCGGACGCUUUCGUCCAGAUGGCGUUCCAGGCGGCUUACUACGGGCUUUACGGGCAGGUGGUGAACACGUAUGAACCAGCCAUGACCAAGGCCUUCCUGCAUGGACGAACAGAAGCGAUCCGAUCCGUCACCAACGAGGCUCUCGAGUUUGUGAGGACAUUCUGGGCUGAAAACCCAGCUGAAGACAAGGUCGAUGCUCUACGAAAGGCUACCGAAAAACACACGGCGAUCACAAAGGAAUGCUCCAAGGGUCAAGGACAGGAUCGUCACCUUUACGCUCUUUACACCUUGUGGCAGCGAUCCUUCGAAGAAGCUCCCAUUUCUCGGAAUAACAGCGUCGACGAAGCGUCUAACGGCUACACGAGUCCCUUGGAGAACGAGUCUAUUGCAGGAUCCCCCAGGUCCGCCUCCAUCUCCCUCUCCGAGGUCGACGGUAUGUCAUCCGUCAGCAGCUACGGCCGAGCCAUGCGCACCUUACCUCCCACGCCCGCCAUCUUCGCCGAUCCCGGCUGGGACAAGAUCAACACCACAAUCCUCUCCUCAUCCAACUGCGGCAAUCCUUGCCUGCGACACUUCGGAUUCGGCCCGACCUCCGCAGACGGUUUCGGUAUCGGCUACAUCAUCAAGGACGAAUCGAUCUCGAUUUGUGCUUCAUCCAAGCACCGUCAGACCGCACGUCUCAUGCAAACCCUCGAGUCGUACCUGCACGAGAUCCGCAAGUUGCUUCGCGCAACUGUCCACAAGCCAUCCAGUCCCCGGACCAGCCGCGCUCGCGAGAUGGAAAUGAUCGCGGAGCGGGUCCAGCGCGAUCAACGCCGGGGUCGCAUCGUCCGCACCGACACGGGCCACCUGCGGGCCGGAACCGAGACGCCCACGACGGAUAGCGGGGAGAUAGACGACGAUGGCAUGGGCGGCUACGGCUUCUUCGAUGCAGGGAUGCUCCUGCAUGCCCUCAAGGGGCUGAGCGUUGAUCGCGAGCGGGGCGGCGACAAGACUCCUCGCCGACGCUUCGUCGGCAAGAAGCUACGGUUGAAUGAGUACUGA